AUGGAUUUCCUACAGAGGGAGGAGAUGUGCAAGAUCCCGGACAAUGUCGACAAGCUCAUGGCACCGUACAAACGUGACUGGACUGUUCCCGGUGUCGCUACCUCUGAACCUGAUCAAGAUCCCUCUGAACUUACCCGAGAGGACCAGCUAUUCCUUGCCACCUCCUACGAACUCAAUCACUACUGGCGGUCAAGAAUGCGAGCGCUUGCCCUCACUCGUUCCUUCGAGCACGAAUACGAGUACAUCUCUUCUAGGCUUCGGGAGGUCGUUAGUGUCAGUGAGACUUUGCGGGACUCUGUCUCAUUGAUGAAUGUGCUCGGUCUGAUUUUGGAUAUUGGUAAUUUCAUGAACGAUGCCAACAAGCAGGCUCAAGGUUUCAAGCUAAGUUCCCUUGCUCGUCUGGGGAUGGUGAAGGAUGACAAGAACGAAACCACUUUCGCCGAUCUGGUUGAGCGUAUAGUGCGCAACCAGUACCCGGAAUGGGAGUCAUUCUGUGACGAAAUCGCUGGAGUGAUUGGCCUACAAAAGGUCAGCGUGGACCAGCUGGCUACCGAUGCGAACAAAUACAUUGCCAAUAUCAAGAACGUGCAAAGCAGUCUGGAUUCCGGGAACCUUUCUGAUCCAAAGAUCUUCCAUCCACAAGAUCGCGUGAGCCAGGUUGUCCAGAGGUGUAUGAAAGACGCUCGUCGCAAGGCCGAGCAGAUGCAGCUUUACCUCGACGAAAUGGUUCACACUUAUGACGAUAUCAUGCUCUUCUAUGGUGAAGAUAAUACGGAUGAAAAUGCUCGACGAGAUUUCUUCGCAAAGCUGGCUUCAUUCGUGACCGAAUGGAAGAAAUCACGCGAGAAGAAUAUCGGCCUCGAAGAAUCCCGCAAGCGUACCGAGGCAUCCCUGGCCCGGAAGCGCCUGAAUGUCAACCUUGCCAACGCGGGUGGUGGCGCAGACGCGCCCAUCUCUCCCGCGGCUAGUGGCGCUAUGGACUCGCUGCUGGAGAAGUUACGUGCUGCUGCGCCCCAAGCUAAAGAUCAGCGCGACCGCCGUCGCCGUGCUCGUCUCAAGGAGCGCCACCAGGUCCGAGUGGCUUCUGGUCAACAUGUGCCUGAAUCCGGCACUGCCGAGGACGAAAAUUCACCGAAGCCGGCCGGCGAUACCGAUGCUCAGGCUAACGAGCACGGUCUCUUGAGCCCUCCUUUGGCCCAAGAAGACGGCGAAGAAGGCACCAAAGAAGCCCACUCCGAGGGUGAGGAUGUGGCCGACCGCGCCGCCAGCAUGCUCCAAGGGUUGAGAAGUAACUCCGACGCCGGCGGGGAGCGCCUUCGACGGAGAAGAGAAAGCGCGGACGAAGAACGCCGGAACCGCCGUGCACGGAGACGCAAUGGAGCCACAGCUGGAAGCAAAGACAGUGCUGACGGUGGCUUGCCCUCCGUGCCAGAGCCAGGAUCUCCCCCCCGUACAGACUCUCGGGGCUCUGCUCGGGCCACUGAUGAACAGGGCCUCCCAAGCCCCCCGCAGGAAGAAUCCGGCUUGUCAGAGCCCCCUUCAAUCGUCGUGUCCGAACAGCACGAGCCAUCCCCUGAACCCCCAGCUGACGGGUCAUCUGCCAGCCACCCGAUUGAAUUAUUGGACUAA